AUGUUUAGAUUAAAGAAUUGUGAAUGCCUGGUGCGGUUAUUCUAUCAGCAAACCCGGCAUUACCCUCACCACAACAAUCUUAUGGCUUAUUUAGUAGGUUUUGAUCCUUACUCCCACUUGACCAAGGCCUUUUCUCAGUACCCUUCUCUUUCUUCUUCUGAUCGUGGUUGCUACCUGUCUUUCCCACUUCUCCAUAAACUUGUUUAUGCUAAUGUUUUUGGGGUUAGAAGAAGCAUUGGUUUUGGUCCUAGAGGUUGUAGCUAUGACACUAGUGGUAGUUGUAAUCCUAAUACUGAUAGGAUCUUUGUGAAAGCUAAGACCAUGUCUCGUGGCUUUGCCUCGAAUCGUCGCCAGCCGAUGUUGGCUGAUUUGGAGCAAAGGAAUUCUGUUAAGAGUGAUGAAUGUGAUGCAACUUUGGUUAAGAUUGACAAUGGAUCUAUAAAUGGAAGUCCUGCUAAACCUCCUUGUUUCAAUGAUCGCCGAUUAUCCCCGAAACUUGUAGUUGCUGUUGAUGUUGAUGAGGUAUUAGGAAACUUCGUGUCAGCUCUCAAUAAGUUCAUCGCAGAUCGAUAUUCAUCAAAUUAUUCAGUUUCUGAAUAUCAUGUGUACGAGUUUUGUAAGAUAUGGAAUUGUUCACGUGAUGAAGCUGAUAUACGUGUUCAUGAAUUUUUUAAGACACCAUAUUUCAAGUCAGGGAUCCACCCUCUUCCAGGUGCUCAGUUGGCUCUUCAGAAGUUAUCAAGAUUUUGUAGCCUAUCAGUUGUAACUUCACGACAGAAUGCAAUUAAGGAUCACACAAUCGAGUGGAUAGAGAAGAAUUUUCCAGGACUGUUUCAUGAGAUUCACUUUGGUAACCACUUUGCUCUUGAUGGUGUGUCAAGACCAAAGUCAGAAAUUUGUAGGUCCUUAAAUGCCAAGGUUCUUAUUGAUGAUAAUCCGCGAUAUGCUAUAGAGUGUGCUAAUGUUGGAAUUAAAGUCCUACUUUUUGAUUAUGAAAACUCAUAUCCUUGGUGCAAGACCGAGUCCGUUGAUGAGCACCCUCUGGUGACCAAAGUUAAGAACUGGGAAGAAGUGGAACAACAGUUAAUGUCAUUGAUAGCUUCGUAG